AUGGAGUCCAUUGCCUUGGAAGAGGAAAUAAAUACACAGUGGAUUUAUUACCAAACCGAUGAUUAUGCUGUCUACAUCAUCCAGAAGUUCAACCAGGGCUCUCAAACAAUCGUUGCUAUGACAAGAGGAGCCGAUGAUUUGAAAAACAACUACAACAGCACUGUAUUGUUCUGUGAAGAAGCAAGCAUGGAAGGGCAGUUCUUGUCUGCAGCGAAAAUCCAGGAGAGUCAGCCAACUCGCGACAUCAUACUGUCAAGCUCUACUCAACCAUUCGAAGCUCCAAGUGUGAUCCUACCACUAAGGACGGACGGGUGCCACCAACUACCGGGCAGGCUUAGGUAUAAGUCAGGUACGGUGACGAGGGCAGACAUGCUUGGACCCACUUGCUCAUCCUUGCUCGGGCCUAAACUGGACUCAGUAACCAGUAACAAAACUUUUCCGGGCGACAUGUGUAUCACUAAGACUAGCAUGGUGGAGGCUUGCCAGUGUUACAAACAAUGUUUGGAUUGUACGUCUGGAUCCUCUCCGGGCGUCCCGUCAUGCCAGUGUGUUAAAUACAUGCAGUCAGAUGUGAACCGGAUAUCAUGUUCAGGAACAGAGGACGAUGUCGCCUGUGUUCAAAACAGAGACAGUUUCAAAGAGGAUCUUGAUGGAAGACCAUGUUCGUGUUCUUUUGGAGUAUAUUUUGCGUAUCCAUGCGGACAAGAGCCAGGAAACUGCCAAGGGAGCGAGUGUAAGCUCAAAUGGUGUUUAAGUGGAUUCACAUACAAAUCGCCAGCUGUAGCAUUUCCCAAAAUGUGCCAGCAGACUGACAGUAACAUCAAGUGCACGUAGCGCCAUUGAACAGAUUAUGUGGACAAUCUUGAGUUAUUGAGAUUUCUAAACGAAGUCCACAAAUUAAAGUUAACUUAAAAAUUAACACUAAACAUAUGCCCUUAAUAGCGCUCGCAACUCAAUACGAUUCUCAGUAACGACUAGACGCGCGUGACGGUUGAUUGGAGAAAGAAACAGACCUCUCGUCUGGCUCGUGCAGUUUUACAGCAUUUGAUAUAUAACUGAUCAUUCUAUGUGGGUUGGUUGAAUAUUGCUGGAUGAUAUUACGAAUUCCCGCCUAACCUGGACAACGCGCCUUUAUCUUACUGUCGACCUUCUCAGUUCAAUCCAACCUUGCUCCAGUCACACGAACAUAAUGAAGCGGAAAGUCUCCUUUAACUUGACCAACUUUAUGGCUGAUUGGAAGGUGCAAUGAGACACGUAGGGCUUCAAGUCCGAAAUGUGUACAUUUUAUACGUGUAUGUGUAAAAUUAACUUAUAAUAUGACUCAUCCUGCAAGGG